UCCUUCUACUUGCACUUUCUGCGUUCAGAUGCAGAAGGUGCUGGUCAAGUAAACAAACAAAAACUGCCGUAGCGAAAAAGGAAGCAGAUGGAAAACUCCAAGUCUACGGUGUCCACAUCAAGGUUCACGCGUUUACAGCUGGGCCAAACGGUCAGCUGUAAAACGGUUCCCGUGAUCUGGUUCGGGGCUAUUUUUGGAACAUUGUUCUGAAGGAGGGUCAACAUCAAGCCUCCGCCAGCCUCCGCCUGCGGACUCUUCGUGGUCGCGAACACGCGUGAUAUUUCCACGUGUGAAAGCGAGCUCCCGCUUUAUAUAUUUACAUACAUGACAUUACGUAUAUGACGACACGAAGCAGAUGCGUAGGGUCUCGUCGGCGAAGAGGCGUAUCGUCGCAGGUAUUUCGUUCGCCGCUUAGCGAGGAUGGCACUCGAUCCGAAGGACAUCGUGAAGCUGCUGGACAUCCUCAAAGAGGAGAACCUGGACACCAGCUUGGAGAGCCUCUGCAAUCAGCUGCAUCAAACCUUCCCUAAGGAGCAGCGCUUCAAGGUCGGAACGAUUCUUCUGCUGCACUUGCAGCAAGUCGACCUGCUGCCCAAGCACGUGCAACGUGUCGUGGCGUUGACGUUGCUGUUCGACCUGUACCGCGGCGAGCCGUUGGCUUCCACGCCUUUCGCCUCUGUAUUCGUACAGGUGCUCAAGUCGCAGGAGGACACCAACAACGGUAGCUCGAAACCAACCGGCCACACCGGUCACAUACCGUUUCUGUCGAAUUGUGAGAGGAACCUGCUCGUCAGUUUGAUGGGAUACAAUCAGAAGGACGUAAUGAAGAAGACGCCGCGCCAGAUCGUGGACGAGUUCUCGUUCGCCGCCGUGCCGUCCAUCGAUCUGACCAACUUGCAGCUGCAGCUGGCGGAACACCAGUCCGAGCUGCCGUCCGUAAGUAAAUGCGGAAAUCCUAUAAUCCUGCCCGACAUGGAUCACUCCAAAGGGACGGAAUACGACGUGGCGUCUGUGCAGAGUAUCCUGGAGAACCUAACCAUCGGCGAUCCGCCCCUGUGCAGUCAGAGCUAUCAUCCUGAGUUCCUGAGACUCGUGCCGCCGAUUUAUCACGGCAUCAACGAGAUAGCCUGGUUCCACGUCACGGAGCCGACUCAGUUCACGAUCGAGUACGACACCAGUAUGUGCGUGUCGAACUGCGCCAGCGCCGAGGCACGUAAACUCAUGGGCAAAGCCUUCAAGAACGUAUUAACGCUGACGCAGCAGCAAUAUUUGAUCAGCGAAUUGGACAAGGAUCCGAAGCUCGUUUAUCACAUCGGACUCACGCCCCCCAAGUUACCGGACCUGGUUGAGAAUAAUCCUUUAAUCGCCAUUGAGGUUUUACUGAAGCUAAUGCAAUCCAGCCAGAUCACGGAAUACUUCAGUGUGCUGGUGAACAUGGAGAUGUCCCUACACUCCAUGGAGGUCGUCAACAGAUUGACCACCACGGUGGACCUGCCGACGGAAUUUGUACAUUUGUAUAUCAGCAAUUGUAUAUCCACUUGCGAGACCAUCAAGGACCGUUACAUGCAAAAUCGACUGGUACGACUUGUCUGUGUGUUUCUGCAGUCCUUGAUAAGGAACAAGAUCAUAAACGUGCAAGAAUUGUUUAUCGAGAUCCAAGCGUUCUGUGUUGAAUUCAGCCGCAUCAGGGAGGCAGCCGCAUUAUUUCGGCUCCUAAAGCAACUCGAGUCCGGUGAUACCGGUGGGCUUAACGCUCCACCUACGAGAAGUAGGACAGAUAUGUGUUAAAAUGCGCCUGUCUGGAGCAUUUAUGUAAAAAGGUAUAAUUAAUCGAUUAGGUAAUUGAAUUGAAUAAGAAACCAUGAUUUCUCUGAGUAUCCUAAAAUCGCAUUCUCUAUACACCUAAUUAGAUAAAACGGCACAUUGUAAGAUUAUGUUAUAUUAUUAAGUUUUUAUAAGCAGAAAAGUUUUCAAAUUGAUCAUGUAUUUAAAAAACAAUCUCGCGCAAAAAGACACGUUAUUCGACGUGUCUUUUUGCACGAGAUGGUUUAAAGAAAAUCUUGGAAAAAACAAAAAUUUAUAUUAUUUUAAUGUUGUAUGUAGGAGUGAAUAUAAGUUUGUUAUAAAUAUGUAGGUAUGCAUACAGGGUGAAUCACUAAAGGUGUUACAGGCUAUAUUGCUGAAACUGAACGAGAUGUGCAAUUCUUAUUUUUCAGACUAUUUGGCAUCGAAGCGGACGAGGAAAAUUAAUUUCAUCACGCAAUGCCCGCUUUGAUACCGAACAUCGACCAAACGUCGCUGGAAAAUAACAAUUGUACAUCUCGUUCAGUUUCAGCAAUAUUAGCCUGUGACUAUAGUGAUCCACCCUGUAUAUGAAGCAUUGAGAAUAUAAUAUAUUUACAUGAAAUACUUCUAAAUCUAGAAUUUGACAUACGAUGUUUUUCUAUAUCGGUGACAUUCCAUAAGACGUUCUAUCGUGUAAUAAAAAAAUGCCUUGCAAUAUAUGUAAAUAACGAAUUUAUAAUUGUAAAAUUUUUAUACAUUUUUAUCUAUUGUACUCCAGACUUCAAGUAUAAAAGAAAUGAUUUACAAUAAUAAAUAUCGUAAGUAAUACAAUUUCGCUUCCUGUUCUACA